AUGCUCAGACUCUCCCCUUCCCUUCCCGAUCAUCGUGCGGACAUUGUCCGGAACAUGGGCGCCAAGACGGUGGUCGCCAUAGACGUGGGCAGCCAGGACGAGACUGACCUCUGCAACUACGGGGACAACCUCUCAGGCUGGUGGCUGCUGUGGAAACGCCUCAAUCCCUGGGCCCAGAAGGUUAAGGUGCCCGACAUGGCGGAGAUCCAGUCGCGUCUGGCCUAUGUGUCAUGUGUGCGCCAGCUGGAGGUGGUAAAGUCGAGCUCCUACUGCGAAUCCAUUUGCCUGCCCAUCGACCGCUUCAAAACCAUGGACUUUGGCAAGUUCAACGAGAUCUACGACGUGGGCUACCAGCACGGCAAGGUGAUGUUCAGCGGCUGGAGCUGCGGCGACAUCAUUGAGAAGAUGGUGAAGGACCGGCGCUCGCCUGGUGGGGGCAUCUCUAGCCUGGCUCUCACCCCCCAGGUGCUGACUUGCCCCAGCGCGGGGUUCACUGAUCUGGCUGAGAUCGUGUCUUGCAUCGAGCCGGCCAAGAGCUACCUGUCCGAUGGCUACGCUGAUGGUGAGGAAUCUGACUACCUGACGGAGUACGAGGAGGAAGGGCUGGACCCCGCGCGGGGAGAGGAGGAGCUGAGUGGACCCACACUGAGGUAUUUGAGAUUGUAA